AUGAAGCUUUUUCUGCGGGUUAUCCUGCUCCUUUCUAUCAUUUGUUCUGUGCUGGCCAAAAUAACUGUGUCUCAGGAAGACCAUGAAAUAUUCGAUCUCGUAAGCGCCGUUGAGGCGUCGGAAGGGAAAGGAACGACAUUUUACUCAUGGCUUGACGUUCCCCCAACCGCAACAACUCAAGAGAUUGCGCGGGCGUACAGAAGAAAGAGUAUCCACACGCACCCGGACAAGAAUCCAGGUCGAAAGGAUGCACACGAGAGAUUUGCACGACUUGGAGUUAUCGCCCAAAUCUUGAGAGAUCCAGUAGGCAGAGAACGCUACGACUUCUUUUACAAGAACGGUGUUCCACGCUGGCGUGGCACUGGAUAUUAUUAUUCUCGAUACCGGCCAGGACUAGGCUCGGUCGUGAUUUUCCUUGUCGUACUUUCAUCAGGACUCCAAUAUGUUAUUCAACGAAUCAAUUACAAAAACGAUCUCGCUCGCAUAGACCGGUUUGUGACGGAGGCUAGGCUUGCUGCGUGGGGCUCGCGCAUGGUUCCGAUGGAAGGACGGCGGAAGGUCCGAGUAAAUCUUGGUGGACGUCCAUAUCUGGAUGAGGAAGGAAAUGUUGUGCAGGGCAAACAACUCGACAUGGUUGUUGAAGGGAACGAUGUAUUUAUUCUUGAACCCGACGGUUCGCUCCUUCCCCUCGAUGAAGGUGCUACUGCCCCGCCUUCAUUAGGCCGUACCUGGUUCAUCUCCAUGCUGCGCUCACGUUUCUCCAAAAAGAAACAAGAAGUUGCGGAGGAGACAAGCGAAGAAGACGGAGAGGAAGAUUCUCAAGCGCCCAGCGGAAACAAAAAACAGCGAAAGGCAGCGAAGAAGGCCAAGAAACGGGCCGAAAACGAAAACGUUGAUGAGUCUUCCAGUUCAGAGAUGCUGAGUAGCGGAGCAGUAACACCUGUCGGCACGACAUCGGGGUCAAAACCAUUACCGCGGGGACCGACAGUGAUGGCUGGUGGUCGGAGAAGGAAAGGAGUGCCGCGAAAGGUACCAGAAAGGAAACCGAAAGACCAGGAGAUCAGUGAAAGCGGUACGUUAUAG